AUGUCUAUCUCAGGUUUCUCAAAUCUAUCUAUCUAUCUUUCUAUCUAUCUAUCUAUCUAUCUUAUGUAUGUAUGUAUGUAUGUAUGUAUGUAUAUAUCUUCAUAUUUAUUCAUCUAUCUGUUCAUAUCUAUCUAUCUAAGUCUGUUCACAUCUAUCUAUCUAUCUAUCUAUCUAUCUAUCUAUCUAUGUUAUCUAUGUAUGUAUGUAUAUAUCUAUCUUCAUAUAUAUUUAUCUAUCUGUCUAUCUAUGUAUCUCAGUCUGUUCACAUCUAUCUAUCUAUCUAUCUAUCUAUCUAUCUAUCACCAGUCUUUCUCACUUAUCUAUCUAUGCCUCUCCAGUCUUUCUUAUCUAUCUAUCUAUCUAUCUAUCUAUCUAUCUAUCUAUCUAUCUAUUACACAUAUACACACAUACAUAUAUAUAUAUAUAUAUAUAUAUGUGUAUUUACUACCUUUCUUCCUCUCCUGCAUUGAAUAUUUCUUUCUUUCUUUCUUUCUUUCUUUCUUUCUUUCUUUCUUUCUAAAAUUCUUCUUUUCUUGUAUUUCUCUCUUCGGCUAUUUGUCUCCGUCUCCAUUUUACUGUCAUUUUACUCUCUCUCUCUCUCUCUCUCUCUCUCUCUCUCUCUCUUUAUUAGACUUUCCUUCUCUCUUUCAGCUACUCUUUUUCCAUUUGCCCUCUCUUUCCCAGUCAGCGAGUCUCUUUUACUCUCUCUCUCUCCCUCUCUCACAGAUUCUUCUUUCACUUUUUCUCUUUUAUUCUCUCCCCCCUCUCUCUCUAGCUCUCUCUCUCUCUCUCUCUCUCUCUCUCUCUCUCUCUCAGAUUCUUCUUAUAUUUCUAUUUUUCUUUUUUCCUCCCUCCUUCUCGGAUUCAUUGAUCCUUUUACUCUCUUUUCUCUCUCUUUCCCUGUCACUUUUACUCUCUCUCUCUCUCUCUCUCUCUCUCUCUCUUACUUUCUCUCAGAUUCUUCUUACUUUCCCUCUCUCUUUCUUCAUUUUGUCUCUCUUUCCCAGUCAUUUUUUCUCUUUUACUCUCUCUCUAUCUCUUUUUCUCUCCCAGAUUCUUUUUAUAUUUCUCUCUUUGACUAUUCCUCUCUUUUCCUCCCUCUUCUCGGAUUCAUUGAUCCUUUUACUCUCUUUUCUCUCUCUUUCCCUGUCUCUCUCUCUCUCUCUCUUACUUUCUCUCAGAUUCUUCUUGUAUUUCCCUCUUAGACUAUUCCUCUCUUUUCCUCCCUCCUUAUCGAAUUCAUUGAUCCUUUUACUCUAUUUCUCUCUAUUAGACUUUCCCUCUCUCUUUCUUCAUUUUGUCUCUCUUUCCCAGUCAUUUUUUCUCUUUUACUCUCUCUCUCUAUCUCUUUCUCUCUCUCCCAGAUUCUUUUUUUAUUUCUCUCUUAGACUAUUCCUCUCUUUUCCUCCCUCCUUAUCGAAUUCAUUGAUCCUUUUACUCUAUUUCUCUCUAUUAGACUUUCUUUCUCUAUUUCUCCAUUUUGUCUCUCUUUCCCAGUCAUUUUUUCUCUUUUACUCUCUCUCUCUCUCUCUAUCUCUUUCUCUCUCUCCCAGAUUCUUUUUUAUUUCUCUCUUAGACUAUUUCUCUUCACUUUUCUUUUUUACUCUCUCUCUCUCUCUAUCUCUUUCUCUCUCUCCCAGAUUCUUUUUUUAUUUCUCUCUUAGACUAUUCCUCUCUUUUCCUUCCUCCUUAUCGAAUUCAUUGAUCUUUUUACUCUAUUUCUCUCUAUUAGACUUUCCCUCUCUCUUUCUCCAUUUUCUCUCUCUUUCCCGGUCACUUUUACUUUCCCCCUCUCUUUCUCUUAAGCUCUCUUAG